AUGGCGGACGCUAGUGCGAUCACGGUGGACGAGUUGCUUGCGGAGACCGUCAGGGUGUAUCCUGUUCUUUAUGAUAAAGCGUGUCAAGACUUCAAAGAGCGAAACAAGAAGGAAUUAGCGUGGCAGGACGUUGCUCAAAAGGCCGGUUUUCCCUCAGGUACAAGUCAUACAUGUAAUAUGUAAUGCAGGAUUUUGCUGGACAUGCUUCCGAUCCUGCUGUAGUUUGGUUCAUUCGAAUCAUAGUUUUCUAAGAAACGUGUAUCUAAUACUGGCCCUAAUUAUGAAAUAUUCUGCCUUAGGGUGUGAGAGGAUUGCCUUCAUUGUCCGUUUUUAGACAGUAUAUUUCAACUGAUGUUUAUUACACAAGUUGCAACUAUAGUUUUUGAUAGACAUUUUAGUAUUCAUUUAUUUCUGCAUGCAGUAUAUGCGUUUGUAAAUAGUGUUAGAAUAACAUAAGUCAUAUCUCAACAACUUCGUUUUUAUUUUAUAGUUACACACAUAUAUCUGUCUGGAUUUGCAAAAAGGUACCUCCAGGCUCAUUUGAGGCUUGUUCAGUACUUGACCAUUCUCUUUUUUUAAAAUGAUAUUUUCAGUACAAAAAUCCCCUAAGAAGCUGCAGUGGGUAAAAAAAGAUGUGUUUAAUAUGCUGUUUACAUCUUCCCCACCCCUGCGCCCCCUCUCCCCUAGUCUCCCCUAGCUACCAUUUCCCAUGAUUCUCUCCCUGUCAUAAAACACUAUGACGUUUGAAAUCAUCAUGCACUGUAGAAGUUGUUUUCCUUGGUCGGUUAAUUUUCUAGAUUUCUUUUUGUCUGCCUGCAGCGAAGUUUUCUGGAAGGCAUCAUUAACCCUGAUGAAGGAACAAGUCUCACGAUUGGGAAAGUCUGCCGUCGUCCAGUAUGUUACCGUAUUUCGUCUCAUUUUCGCUAAACGGGGGAAACACUGAUCUCGGGCUUGAGACGGAAAGGCAUCAUAUUGUGAGCUUUGAUGCGGGCGGUGACGAGUCUUUGGCCUCAAAAAGUAGUUUGUAAGAGUCAAAUCUAUUCGGCGAGAGCAAAAUUGAAGCCGAUUUCUAACCAGGCCAGAGACUUAGUUAAAAAUUGUUUUGAAGGCCGGCCUCUAUGUGUUCCUUUCAAAACGGCUCAUCUACAUCUGGGAUCUUGAAUAAAUCGACUGUGUUAGCUAAGUUUACAUGUGAUGAUUUAUGUGGAGAAAGAGAGAGUUAUUGAGAGGGAGUAAAUUGAUGAUAUUUCUCUUGUAUUAAGUCUGGAAACAUUGUGUCUGGUUGGUUGUGGAUAGCUUUAUCAGUGCCGUGAACGUGGUUAAUUGUGUGAUUUCCUGAAGUUGUUUACAGACAGAUUUCAGGUAUGUCAUGGCGCUUGUGUUAUAAGAAUAUUGUGUACAAGCAUGAAAAUGCUUUGUGAGUGUUUAGUUGAAGUGAUUUUGUCUUAUACAACCGAUUGUGGGGUCAAGAAAGGUGGAUUCUAGGUCUGUUUUAGUCGGGCAUUUCGCUAUGACCCUCAUAGUUUGAGAGACUGAAAGGUCAUUAUUUCUGUGUUUUUUAAUGUUGUUCAUUUCAUUACAAAUCUGUCGCUGUUGCCAAGAGCAAUUUGUCGUGUGUUGCCAGAGAUAAAUUUGCCCGUUUUAAGCCCUAACUAGGGGUCAAAAUGUGAAAAGGCACUUAAAAUUUCUGUAGGUACCUUUUAAAAAUCCAGACAGAUAUAUAAUUAUAUGUAGUACGAAACUAUAUAGUAAUAGAAUGCCUAGUCAAAUCUUCAGUUGAUAAAACAUUGUACUUCUUCUAUAUAUAUAGAUAGAUAUGUGAAUAGUCUUAGUAUUUUGAGUGUUUUAAGAAGAUAUGACAGACAAAACUCUGAAAACAUCUACAGAGGUUUCAGCCUUUAAAGGGAUAAGGUUUUCUGAAUUGUAAUUGAAUGUGGGUGUUAAAAAUUUGCAGGAAAAGAUGCGGAAACUGCUUUCAAAAACUUAAGGAAUAGAUACACCCGAGACAAGAAGAAAAUACAGAGUGCUAAAGUCAGUGGAACUGACACACAGUCAGUGGUUGAUGCAAAACUGAAACGAGUGAGAUGUACCAGUUUCUAG